AGGUUAGCCUGUAAUCCCAUUUUGCUGCACCAGGAGCUGUGAGACUGCAAAGAACUAGAGGCUGCCCUCAUCUCAGGAUAACAAAGGAACCGCAAUGGAAGAUGUGAGCUCCAAAAGGGUCAGCGACUUCUUGCAGAAAUGCGUCAAGCUUGAGGACGACGGGGAGCCUCCCUCCAAGGAGAUCUUGGAAGUUCAAAGUCUCCCUCUACUCAGUGCUCCAUCCUAUCCUCAGACAGUGCAAGAGGAGAUUUCAAUGGUUUUCAAUACUUGUGCAGUGCCAGCCAAUCUGGGCCCCUGUGCCAGGAGGCGGCGCGAGAAAGGCCACGACGGGACCAGCACGUCUCUCUACGUCGACCGCCGGAAGUCCAAAGUGUGGAACUACUACACCAAGCUGGGCGACGCCUACGUGGAGUGCAACGUCUGCAAGAAGCAGCUCUCCUUCCACAACAGCACUACCACCAUGCGGGAGCACCUGGUGCGUAAGCACAGCAUCCGCGACACCCUCCUCUCGCAGCUGAAGGACGACCAGGUGCCGGAGCCGGAGUACGUGGCUCAGGAGAAUGCCAUCAAGCGAUUCCGCCAGCUGACCCCCGAGAACAACAAUCCCUACCACGCGGGGGUGACCUGCGCGGAACCCAGGACGGACGUGAUUCUGGAGCUGGUGCUAGAGAUGAUCUUCCGGGACCUGCAUCCCCUGUCUGUGGUGAAGGACAAAGGUUUCGGCCUCCUCAUUGGCUACUUAGAACCGACCUUCGUGCUCCCGUCCCCUGUGCAGCUCUCGAGCAUGCUGUGGCAUCGAUACAACGUCGUCAAGCAGCACCUAGAACACUACUUGCAGACGGCUCAGUCAAUUGUCCUCUGCGCCGAGUUCUGGCUGUCUCACCCCAACCAGAGGUACCUGACCAUCGUGACGAAUUUUAUCGAUGGAGAGUGGCGGCGGGCCAGGUGCAUCCUAGAAACCCAGCAGGUGCACGAGAAGAAAGCGGAGAGCAACCUGGGAGAGCGGCUGUACGCGGUCCUCACAGACUUCGGCUUGUCCAACAAAUCGGUCUUCUGCAUGAUGCACGAGAGCCUGCAGGGUCUGGAGGCCCACGCGUCCCAGCUGAAAUGCGUCUACGGCUGGACCAGUCUGUGCUGCGCGGCUCACCUGCUGCACCUUUGCGUCAAGGCCGGCCUCGAGGCGGAGCAGGUGCAGGAAGCCCUGACCGCGGCUCGGAGCGUCGUCCGUUACUUCCAGCAGGACGCCAAGGCGACUUGCUCCCUCAACAGCAAACUGGAAGCCAUCAACAAGACCAAGCUGAAGUUGGUGACGGACACCGGGGCUCGGUGGAUAACCACCAUCGAGAUGUGCGAGUGCCUGCUGGACCUCAAGUGGGCCGUCAUGUCCGUUUUGGAGGAGCACCCCAAGGGGCCGUCAGCGGUCCAGAAUUUGGCCGACCACCAGUGGAAGCUUUUGCAGGACCUGGUGCCCGUGAUGAGGACGCUUAAGAUCGCCACGUCCUUCUUGCGAGAAGAGCAGAACUUCUCCAUCUCCUCCCUGAUGCCUUGCAUCCACGGCAUCGUCACCGCCAUUGGGCAGCAGUCCGAAGAAGCCAGCGAUGUCAUCAAAACCGUGGUCAACAACAUCAGGGGGGAGCUCACCCAGCGUUGGGGUAUUCUGGAGGAGAGUAAGUUGCUGGAGAGCCCGGCGGUAAUCGCCUCGUUCCUAGACCCUCGGUUCAAGGAGAUGAGGUUCCUCAGCCCAGGUCUACGGAGCGAGUUGCACAAGAAGGUCAAGGCCAUGUUGUCCCAGUUCUUCAACCCUCAGACCCCGCCGACCAACCCCUUCUGGGUGCCCAACGCGGACUACAAAGCAGAGGGGAGCGAAUCCUCCGGCCAGCUGUCUGCUCCUAAGGACCGAGGUUCAAGCGGACAACCUCAGAGUAUGUACGACAUCCUUCUGGGGAAAGACCCAACGGAGAGCAUGCCCGAGAUCCAUCAACAGCUGGAGAACUACAUCGUGGAGCCUCUUUGCAAGCGUAGCACUAACCCCUUGGACUGGUGGAAGAGCAACGAACACCGGUUCCCUUCGGUGGCUCGGUUAGCCCGGCAAUAUUUGGCUAUACCGGUGACGGUCGUGCCGCCGGACCAGGCCUUUGCUGUGGGCGAAAGUGCGCUGGAGCACCGGAGAGGCGUGCUGGCUCCCGAAAACCUGGACCAAAUUCUUUUCUUGCACCAAAAUUUCGACUUUUUAGAAUCGAUGCGAAACCCGAACGAGAAUCUGACGAAGUCUGGGCACAGCCAGUAUUGA